AACGGAUAUCCUGCGUUUUCGUCUGCGCAUGUGCAGUCGCCCCAGUUUCCGGCUUCCACCGCUCCUCGUUUGCGGGUACGGAGGGUUCGCAACUCAGGAAGUGGGGAGCCCCAGGAACAGGAGUCCCACCAAAAAACUGCCCUCUGACAGAACAGAGACCUCGUCACGAGGGCUUCCGAACAGACGCAGAAGAACCCAGAGAGGAGCAGGUCUUGAUUUGCCCAACGGGCAGCAGUUCUUUAUCCCCUUGCCCAGAAAGCUCCAGACUUGGUGAUGUCGCCACAUCCAGAAGCCAUCACAGAUUGCGUGACACUGAAUACUGUGGGCCAACUUACAGAAGGUGGUUAUCCUUUACGGUUCUCCACACUCUUUCAGGAGCAGCAGAAAAUGAACAUAUCUCAGGCGUCAGUGUCAUUCAAGGACGUGACUAUAGAAUUCACCCAGGAGGAGUGGCAGCAAAUGGCCCCUGUUCAGAAGAAUCUGUACAGGGAUGUGAUGCUGGAGAACUACAGCAACCUCGUCUCAGUGGGGUACUGCCAUUUCAAACCAGAGGUUAUCUUCAAGUUAGAGCAAGGAGAAGAGCCUUGGUUCUCAGAGGAAGAAUUCUCAAACCAGAGUCACCCAAAAGAUUACAGAGGUGAUGACCUGAUCAAGCAGAACAAGAAAAUCAAAGACAAACACUUGCAGCAAGCAAUACGUAUUAAUAAUAAAACAUCGAGUACAGAGGAAGAGAAAGUUUUGGGGAAACCAUUUACUCUGCAUGUAGCUGCUGUUGCUUCAACAAAAAUGUCCUGCAAAUGUGACUUAUGGGGUGUGAAUUUGCAAAGUAUUUCUGAAUUUGUCAUUAAUAAUAGAAACUAUUCAACAAAGAAAAUAGGUUGCUGUAAUGUAUGUGAGAAUUCACCUUUCAAAAUUAACUUUGAGAAAACUCAGACUGGAGAGAAAUUUUAUGAACAUAAUAAAAACAUGAAAGCUGUCAAUUAUAAUGAAAAUCUUCCCAAGCAUCCAGAGUUUCACACUUUGGAGCAAACUUUUGAAUGUAAUAAAAUUGGAAAAGCCUUUAAUGAUAAGGCUAACUGUGUUAAACAUAAGAGUCCUCACACAGGAGAAGCAUCCUCUAAAGAUGAUGAAUUUAGGGAAAAUUGUGAUAAGAAAACUCUCUUUGACCACAGGAAAACUGGCACAGGGCAGAAACACCCACAUCUUAAUCAGUGUGGGAAAUCCUUUGAGAAGUCACCUGUGGAGGAAUAUAAUAAAUUUAACAUGGGUAUAAAACAUUAUGAAUUAAAUUCAAGUGGAAAUAAUUUCAACAGAAAGGCAUACCUCACUGAUCCUCAAACAACUGUCACAGAAGAGAACCCAUUGGUAAACAGUGACAGAACACAGACUUGGGUUAAAUCCUCUGAAUGUCAUGAAAAUAAGAAAUCCUACCAGACGUCGGUUCACAGAGUUCGCCAGAGAAGUCACUCGAAGAUAAAACCCUAUAAAUGUAAUGAAUGUGGGAAAUCCUUCUGUCAGAAAGGACAUCUCAUUCAACAUCAGAGAACUCACACAGGAGAGAAACCAUUUGAAUGUAGUGAAUGUGGAAAAACUUUCUCCCAGAAGUCACACCUCAGUACUCAUCAGAGAAUUCACACAGCAGAAAAACCCUAUAAAUGUAAUGAAUGUGGAAAAACAUUUGUCCAGAAGUCAACCCUCAGGGGACAUCAAAGAAUUCACACAGGAGAAAAACCCUAUGAAUGUAGUCAAUGUGGGAAAACUUUUGUUCAGAAGUCCACCCUCAGAGAUCAUCACAGAAUCCACACAGGGGAGAAAUCCUUUCAAUGCAAUGAAUGUGGAAAAACAUUUGGCCAGAAGUCAAACCUCAGAAUACAUCAGAGAACUCACACUGGGGAGAAAACUUACCAAUGUAAUGAAUGUGAAAAAUCCUUCUGGCGAAAAGAUCAUCUCAUUCAACAUCAGAAAACUCACACAGGAGAGAAACCAUUCAAAUGUAAUGAAUGUGGGAAAACUUUUGCCCGGACAUCAACCCUCAGAGUGCAUCAAAGAAUUCACACUGGGGAGAAACCAUUUAAAUGUAAUGAAUGUGGGAAAAAAUUUGUCCGGAAAGCAAUCCUUAGUGAUCAUCAGAGAAUUCACACAGGGGAGAAACCCUUUCAGUGUAAUAAAUGUGGGAAAACUUUUGGCCAGAAAUCAAACCUCAGAAUACAUCAAAGGACUCAUAGUGGGUAGAAAUCAUAUGAAUUCAGUGAAUAUGGGAAAUUAUAUAAGAAGUCAACCCUAAGCAUAUACCAGAAAAUUCAGGGAGAGGGGAAUGCCUAUUGAUGUAACAACUAGAAAAUCCUUUCGACAAAAAGAAUACCCCAUUUGAUAUCAGAGAUAUGCAAAAAACAAUUGAGGGUAGUGAAUGUAAGAAGACAGUCCCAGAAGUAAACCCUCACAGUGAAUCAAAGAAUUCACAUAGGAAAGAAACCAGAUGAAGAUAAAUGCAGGAGGAAUUGUGUCCAAAAGGCAACCUUCCGAGUAUAUUGAAGAAUUCACACAGGUUUCUCUUCUCUUUUCAAAGUACUAUGGAUAGGCCUGAAUGAAGUCAUACCCUAUUAGAUAGCUCCCACACAUCACACAGGCUGGUAAUCUCUUCACCAGUACCAGUUUCAUUUUAUUCCAGGCACAUAGUCCAAAUUUCCCAAUCUCCUUUUCAUCCAGGUGGGACUUUGUGACUGGCUAUUAAGAUGUGGAUGUCCAUCCCAGUCUGAAAAAUAAAGAGACUCCCCUAACAAAUUACCAGGGCCCUGUCACAACAAAAUGGAUAUCAUUUCUAGGACAAACUUGGUUCCGUGCUUGAAUGCAGCAUGGUACAAGAUAAGUCAGCGUGCCUGAAUGAAUAUAUGCAGCAAAAUUCUCUUCUGCAUCUUUCCCAGUUGAACAUGAUGUGAACAAAAUUUAAGCUUAUACAGUAGUCCCCCCUUAUCUGCAUUUUCACUUUACGCAGUUUCCAUUACCCAUGGUCAACUGCACUUUAAAGUUAUUAAAUGGAUCCAGAAAUAAACAAUUCCUACAUUUUAAAUUGCACCCAAUUCUGAGUAGUGUCAUGAAGUCUCAUACCCUCCUGCUCUGUCUCCCAUGAGGGUUAUUGAAUCAUUCCUUAGUGUAGUGUACCCACACUAUCUGCCAGUUAGUCACUUACUUGGCAUUUUUGUUAUCAGAUCACCUGUCAGGGUAUGGCAGUGCUUGUAUUCAAGUAACACUUAUUUUACUGAAUAGUGGCCUCAAAUUGCAAGAGCAGUUCUGGCAUAUUGUUAUUCCAUUUUAUUAUUAGUUGUUAAUCUCUCACUAUGCCUAAUUUAUAAAUUUAACUAUCAUAGGCAUGUGUAUAUAUAGGAAAAAAAUAUAGUAUAUACAGGGUUCAGUAUACCUGUGGUUUCAGACAUCCACUUGGGAUUCUUGGAGAGCAUCCUUUGUGGAUAAGUGGGGACUACUGUAUUCUGUUGAGCAUUUACAUGUUUGAGUCUAUUUGUUUCUACACAUUAUUUAGUUAUCUUCUGCUAGGAAGGCAGAAAGCUGCUGUGUAAGCCAAGCUUAAGUCAACCAGAGGGCACAAACCUUAUCAGGAGGUUAUAAAGUCAAGGAGAACCUCAAAUAUGAUCAGAGAAUUGUGGAAAAGACAUCCUUUCAAUGUAAUGAAAUUGAUAGUACCACCUGAUACGGGGCUUUGCAUGAACCUAAAAGUCUGUUGGCUGAAUGGUGAGCAGCCACUGUGCAGUUCAACGUAAUUGUGCCUUGCUUAAUUGCACAAAGGUACUUCCUCCACACCUCCUGACACCUCCAUAUAUGCCAGCUACAUCUGCUUUAAGGAGGAGUUUUCCCUGGCUCCAAAGGCCGUUGGCACCCAACCAAGUAUGGGAAACCUCCAAGGAGGGGAGGGGCUCAAAUUUGUAUGGCUUUAUUGAAUCCAUGCCCAAGACAACAUCUUACUAGUUCAUGUGGGGGUCAAGGACAUCUAGAUUUAGCUAAUGGCGUUUGGGUAGGGAAGGCAAACAAAUGUAAUAACCUUAUGGAUGAGGUACUUUGGGCAAGUGGAGUGUACUACAGUUACGUUUACAUCUGAAAGUAUAGCAGGGAUUAAUUCCCAUCAGUUAUGGAGAGAAUUCUAAUUCCCUUUAAUUCGUGUAAGUCAUAGAAUUCUAAUCAGGAAGAAUUGUAUGUAAAGAUACGUCUGAGGUCCAACAGCUCUGAUCAUUUUGGGCUUCAGGUCUCUGUGACUGGUGAUUUCGUGGGUUGAAACUUCUGGCAAAAGGGAGCAGCCCUUGGGAGCUGGGGGAUGGGGUUGACUUGAUUCCCUGACAAGGCUUCCAGGUCCAUCCCUUCUGAAAAGCAUCUGUUAGUUUACUCUUGGGCUCUUUUACACGUUGGAUAUCUCUUCCCUGGGUAGAGGGCUCUGACCUAAAAUUCCAGUUUGGGAGUGUGUUAUCUUGGACUCAACAACUAACAAAAUGAAAAGGACCCAGCAAGCCUCACUUGUGGAGUGAAAAUGGAGCAUUCAGGAAAGCAGCUGUCCUGGCCCCACAGUAUGUCAGCUGUAUAUGCAAUAGUAGUAGCUGUCUCUUAAAAGGGAAAUAAUGUAUCCCCUCUUUCCUGAAGGAAGCAAAGUUGCUGGCUUAUAGAGUCCUCAAUUCAUAGAGGUUACUGUAAUUGGGCCUGGCUCACUGAUGGUUUCACUAACUGAAACUACUAGGAUCCUACUCAGUGCCGUUAAGAAACCCAGAGUGAAACGGUCACUCCUCUCAGUGGAAAGAACACAACGUUCUCAGCUCUGGCCAAUACUCCAUUUGAUGAACCUUGUUACAUUUUUGUUAAACCUUGGGCUCUGGAUGUGGCCUAGCUAUUUGGUAUUCUAGUUGGAAAUUAUAUAUUAAAAAGCACCCUUUUCAUCCUUUGUACAUGGGGGGUAAAAGUCACAGCUGCUUAGUACAACCAUCUGGGUUGCUCACGUAGAUGCCCAUAAAGAGACUAUUUUCUGAUAAGACUGACUGGAAUCAAGCUUCCGAUUGAGCUUUCUCCAUCCAGAUUCUGACCAUUGCUACUUGGAUCCAUCAUUUUACUGGUAUGGCAAAAAGUCACCCAUUUCACACUGGGUACAAAGUAAAGGGCUCUUUAUCUGAUGCUUCCAUUGAUGUCAUUGGAUACAAGAAUUUACAAAAUUUUUUUCCUUCUGGAUAAAUAGCAAGUACUUCAUAUGCCAUUGAUUAAUUCAGCUUUUUCCCACUGAUUUUAAAUAUCUUUAUAUACUAAAUUGUCAUUUGUAAAUAGUGCAUGUGACUGAUUACACAUUCUGAUAUUUUAGUAACAUCCUUUUGUGAAUAGGACUGGCAUGUAUAGGAGCCAUAAAACUGAUCUUUCUGGCCUGCUAUUUAAUUUUUCACAGAAGGAUAAUUGAACCAAGUUUGGAAAAACAUCUUAGGAUUUAAGAAAUAGAAUAUCACAGACCAGUUACAUUGUAACAGGAGAAGUGCCAGCAGCCUUACCAAGAAAAUGCAUUGACAAUAGGAGAACAUAAGGUUACCCCUGGAGAGAAGCAGAUAUGACAGGAAGAUUAAUGGUACACAACCCAGUUAGUACCUGUUAGGACCAGUUAGUCCCUGAGAAUCAAAACAUCACUGUUUACUUGGUUUUUUUAAUACUUUGUAAUAUAAAGCAAGUCUUUCUUUAAACUUUUUUUACUCAGACUCAGAAAGAAAAUAUUUAAAAUCAUCUCUCUCCCUGCCCCUUUUAAAUAGGAUAUUUGAGGAUUAUGAUUGGGUUUGAUAUUAAGGAUCAGGAACCCUGUAGGGUGGAACUGAUUCACUCGGGCGGCCUGAGUCACUGGGAGGCCAGGUGACAAAGCCCCAUGACUGGGGACUCAUGCGUUACCUGCUGUCCCUUAGCAGAGGUAGGCCCACGGGAUACCUUUCCAUACAAUACGUCACCAAUUGGAGACCAUGGUCUGUGCUCUAGUCACGUAUGCUCCCUCUCCCUGCCUGGUUGAUCUCCUUAGCAACUCACGGUCUUUUGCUCUGGCAGAUGGAUGCCUCAUCUAGAGACCCUGGAGGAGUUCAUUCUCUGUGUGCCCACCCAUGAAGGGCCUUCAAGCUAAUAAAGAUAGAAAACAAGGCAGGAAUUUUUGUCUGUUUUAUUCACAAUGUAUCUCAAACACAUGAAACAGUCCCUCUUUGUAUUAGGCACUAAUACUGGCUGAAGGUACAGUUAUCUAAGUGAAAUCUGAACAUUGUUCCUUUUGAUGUUCCAAGUUAUCUUUUGAGGUGAUUAAUUUAUUAUAAAUAGGUAAAAUAUUGCUAUAAGUUCUCCAUUUAUGGGUAUUUUAUAAAUUUUUAAAACUUGUUAUUAAUCUUCAGAAGUGUACAGAAGUGUUCUUCAGAUCUUUGUCAACCAAAACAUGUAUUUUCAAUAAAUUGAGAUUCCCAGUUCAAA